AUGCUAUCCGCCUCCGCACGCGUGUUCCUCAUCCGACACGGAGAGACUGACUGGACCGUCGGCGGGAAACACACCAGCGCCACUGAUGUCCCGCUGUCGAAAGCUGGGGAGCGCGAUGCUGAGACUCUGAAGGAGUUGGUUGUUGGUGAAGGGAAGCUGAUUGAUCCGAAGACGGUGGCGAAGAUCUACUGCUCCCCCCGCUCCUCAGCCCGGCGCACAGUCGAGAUCCUCGGCCUGGGCGUCCACAACCACCAGGACUUCUUCAACCGCGAGACCCAGUCGACGAGUAGCACGCAGUUGAAAGAUAAGAGUCUGGACCCAAACAUUCAGCUUACGCCGUGGCUCAAGGAAUGGGAUUAUGGCGAGUACGAGGGCAAGACGCUGUUGGAUAUUCACAGUCUGCGCACGAAGCAGGGCAUGUCUGAGGAGCGAGCCCCGUGGAAUAUUUGGACUGAUGGGUGCCCCGGUGGAGAAUCCCCCAACCGCAUCGCCGAACGCGUCGACGAGCUCAUCGCUGAAAUCAAAUCCAUGAUCGCGGGCGAAUCGGCUAGCUGGCCGAGCGGCCAGCUCGCCGGUGGGCGGAGCCGCCUGGCGCAGGAUAUUGUCUGCGUGGCGCAUGGGCAUGUGCUCUCGGCGUUGGCGCUGAGGUGGGUUGGGGCGCCGGUGAGCCAAGGGGUGAUGAGGUUGAUUUUUGAGCCGGGGGGUGUGGCUGUCCUGGGGUUCGAGGAAGAUAAUUUGGAUCAACCGGCUAUUGUGCUUGGAAGGAGGCCGGGGCGGUCGGACCGGACGCUGUAA